AUGAAGAUUAACUUACGGCUGAUACUCGUAAGCGGGAAAACACAUGAAUUCCAGUUCGACACAACAUUGUCCGCCUCAGAAAUCGCGCAGUAUGUGUUCGAAAAUUGGCCUGAAGAAUGGGAGUCCGAACGAGUGCAGAAUGCGUCGAUAUUGAAACUCAUCUACCACGGUCGAUUUUUGCACGGAAAUGUUACUUUGGGAGCUUUAAGUCUACCUGUCGGUAAAACAACUGUGAUGCAUCUGGUGGCCCGAAAGAGUCUCCCAGAACCUAGUUCUCAAGGUAAGUCAAAAUAGUU